UGGCUUUUCUUACAGUUGUAUUGAGCAUGCUCAGCAGUCUGGACAGGUUUGGGCGCCUGGCAGGUUGGGUCUCUUCCCUGCAGCGUGGGGAGGGGGCAGACCCUGGGGGGCCGGUGGAUGAUCGUCAGGCCUGGGGUUCGGGGAGUCCGAGGGAGCGGCCUCAGCAGCAAUGUCAGGGCCCUCAGUGAGCGUCACUGUCACCUACAACAAUGAAAAACAUAACAUUCAAGUUGUAGCACAGCAAGGAAACAGUGAACCUACUCUUCAGGACAUGGCUCUUCUUACUGAACAAGUUACUGGAGUUCCACUUGCUUUUCAGAAAUUAAUAUAUAAAGGAAAGUCUCUAAAAGAAAUGGAACAGCCAUUGUCAGCACUUGGAGUGAAAAAUGGUUGCAGAGUGAUGUUGAUUGGGAAGAAGAACAGUCCUGAGGAAGAGGCUGAAUUAAAGAAAUUAAGAGACUUGGAGAAAUCAGUGGAAAAGAUUGCUGACCAACUUGUAGGUGUUAAUGAAGAACUCCUUGGUAUUCAGAAGGGUUUUCUAGCCAAGGACUUGCGAGCUGAAGCUCUCAACAAACUUGACAAGAGAGUAAAAGGAACUGUUGAGCAGUUUAUGAAGAUCUUGGAACAGAUUGAUUCAUUAACUUACAAUAUCUGCCAGGCCCCUCUUGCUGAGCAGGACUUGCAGUCCUCAACUCCCUCCUGUCCAACUUUCUUCCGUUGCUGCAUAUGUCCCAAAGUGACAGAAAGCGUUUCACCUGGAUACCCAACGACUCUUCCAGAAGCUUUCAGAGACUGUAGACUGAAAAGAAAGGGGUUGGUGAAAAAGGUUCAGGCCUUCCUAGCUCAGUGUGACACUGUUGAAAGAAAUAUUGGACAAGAAACGGAUAAGCUGCAAUCAAAAAAUUUGACCCUGGCUGAAUGAGAGUUCUGUGUAAAUUAGAGGGUAUGAUUGCUCUGAACACGAAGAAAAGUUUACUCUAUUUUGUAACACAUGCCUACCUUUAUUUUUAGAUCAUGCCUGGUUUUACUGUUGCCCAUUGAGAGUUGUUUUCUAAAUGUCAAAUUUAUUCUUCAAACUCAUUCUUCCUAAGUCCUUGAAUUGUAUUUUUAUGUCCUGAGCCCAUCAGUUAUUUUAUUCUACAUAGUUAUCUCUUUUCAAGUCUCUAGAGGGCAACAAUAUUGCAAGAUGAUGAGAGAAAGUUUUUUUUCCCAAAUUGGAUAUAAAUCAGAGGUGACUAUUUGUGUCCUUUGUGGGAUCAGUGGAAGCUUUGCUUUGUCUCUGAUUAUUAGCCUUAUACUUAACAGGGGAAGUAUUGACUGUGUCAUAUUAGCCCUCUUAACUCCUACACCCCCACUUGGAUAACUGCAAAACAGAUCAUCUUAAUAAAGUCACAUGAGUGGGGCUAACAAGUCAAACCAAGUUUUUGCUGCUGUGUAGAUUGAACUGUAAGCUGACUCUCUUUUAACUUUUCUGUGGGCUUUGUUGGUAUCCUAUGUACACCACGGAUAAAACAUUAGGAAUUGUCCUAAUGGCUCUGGACAGUGGAUAGGAGCCAAUAGCUAAACAGAAGCUGAUCCCCAGUGGAUUUUGGGAGAGAUUGGAGAAUACAGUGUUAUGAGCCAAAAAAGGAAAAAUUGGAAAGGUACUAAGAAACAUAAAAGUCUCAGAAGCAAGCAACAUGUACUUUCUUCAAGGACAUCUGUUUUGUUUCAAUCUAUCUUUUGUGAUAUAUGUUUUCUUCACUUCUCAUUAUUAUAUUAUUAUUAUUAAAAUACAAGUUCAAACAACAGCCCAAACAAACAGAUCUGGGAGUUUUUCUUAUUUAAAAAUAAAACAAUAAUCAUUGUAUAUUA